AUGUCCAUACUUGGUACACUAUUCAGGACAACACUCUUCCUUCUUUUCUCUCUAUUUCUAAUCUUUACUUUUCUCUAUUCGCACGUUUGGUUUCCUGAUCGUCUCUCGGAACAACAUGAAAGAUUUCAAAAUCAUCAAGAUCCCAAAGAGUUUGAUUUUAUAAUUGUGGGAAGUGGAAGUGCAGGAUCGGUCUUGGCCAAUAGGCUGAGUCAAAAUGUUAAUCAUUCAGUAUUAUUGUUGGAGGCUGGAAAGUCUGAUAAUACACCCCUAGCAAAGUUUACUCCAUUAUACUUGUUCAUGUUGAAGAGUGUUCAUGAUUGGCAAUAUUAUACUAUUGGAGAGGAAUCAGAGAUUAAUCCUAAACAUUUAUUGAAAAAGAUGUUUUGGCCAAGAGGAAAGAUAUUGGGAGGUAGUUCAUCAAUGAAUGCAAUGAUUUAUAUGAGAGGAAGUCCACAGGAUUAUGAUACAUGGAAUGAAUGUGAAUUUGGAGGAAAGAGUAAGAUUUGGAAUUUUGAACAUGUUCUCAAGUACUUUAAGAAAUCAGAAGCACAACAAGGUCCAGCAGAAAUAUUCUCAGAUGAGUAUCAUGGAAGAAAUGGAGAAUGGAUUGUGAAGGAACAAGGAGAAACUUUCUCAAUUAUUGAGCCAGUAGUUAAGGCCAUGAGUCAAGUGCUUUCAAUUCCAAUCGUGAGAGAUCUCAAUAAUCCAAAAAUUACUCAUUCAAAAGAUAACAGUCAAUCAGAUUUUGUAGAAUAUGGUGCUGUAGGAACUACACAGAUUCACAGUUUGCAUGGUAGACGUUUCAGUACUGCUGAUGCCUUCCUGAAUGAUACAGUUCUCAAAAGACCAAAUCUAUUUGUAAGAACUGAAGCCUUGGCCACCAAUAUUUUAUUCGAAGGAAAUAAGGCUGUUGGUGUCAGAUACUUUGAUAGGAGAAAAAAGGCCUACGUUGAAAAAAGAGUGAGAAAAGAAGUUAUUCUUUCAGGUGGUGCUAUUAACUCACCUCAAUUAUUGAUGCUUUCUGGUAUUGGAGAUUCAAAAGAAUUAUCCAAGCACAAUAUUACAACAAUAGUUGAUAAUAAGAAUGUUGGAAAACAUUUACACGAUCAUCUUGCUAUUCAUGUUCCUUAUUAUAUCAGUUGGGAUUAUGAUAGUGUUUUGAGUGUGUUAUUCAAGCCCAAUGAAAUUUACAAAGUAUUAUUUGAAGGAUCUGGAGUUUUAGGAACUAAUGGAAUUGGUUUGAAUGGUCUACUCAAAACAAAGGUUUGUAAAAACGAGUUAGUGAACUCGUAUCCUCCUUCACUAUGGGAUGUUAAAAAUCAACAAUGUUACAACAAGCAUCACUGUGACUCCCACGAUAUUCAAGUUCACAAUACGCCAACAGUCAUGGAAAACAGUGAAACAUUACACUUACACCAACAUGGUUUUACAUUUAUUCCACUGCUUCUCCAACCAAAAUCUAGAGGUGGUUUAAAGCUCAAAUCAAAUAAUCCAUUUGUGGCUCCUAUAAUUGACAGUAACUUUGUAGGACACAAACACGAUAAGGAAACAAUGGCUGAGGCUAUUAGAAGUGCAAGCCUUGAUGGAUACUAUCAAGAGCUCGCCAACAGAAACUGA